AGCUAACUUGCGGGUCGAGGUCACAAGCUUAACUAUACAACAAGCCACUCUACUUCGCGAACAAAGCUGCUUUGUAAGAGCUUCAGCACCAACAUUUUUACUUUCGAGUCCUUUCUGACAGUCAAAGCUCCGAUAUCAGCUCUCACCUGUGCGAACAAGAUUUGGAGGCAUCAAAGUAUUGGGACCAUGGACGACAAAAACAAACUUCAAAAAUCACCUCUGGACAUUCCCCUUCCCUUGUGGAGUAGACCGCCAAAUUCUAUGGAAUUCACGGAUGAUAAUGGCGUCUACCAUGACAUCUAUCUCCCUGUAGGAACUGCGCAUGCCGCUCUGGAUCACCUUCAGAAUAAACGAUGGGAUGAGUUGGCAAAGUUUGAGCCCUUUGAUUCCGAAAAGUGGAACGCUUCGACACCAGAGCAACAAGGUUUCAAGCCAAUCAAUCGAGGUGGUUCUAAGGAGCAGGGCGCUGAACCUCACACGGUUCAGCAGCAGAACGCACAGGAAGAGAAGAAAUAAAUAUGCGUUGGAGUAGAGUGCAUAGCAGGCUGAGCAGCAUAAUUAAGUAAUAGGAGUUUUAUCCAAUGCUUGCCUCUUACUGGAAUAGUGUAUCUUCUAGAUCUAACAAUAUUGCAUAAAUGACAAAGUCAUAACAGUGGUGCUUUUUGUUGCUGAGUAGGUUAUACAAGUGAAUUAUCAAAAAUGAAUAGGAUUCCAGGUUUCAACCUGCGGGCG